GAGAGCAAUGCAACAGCAGAGCCCCGCGCCGCUCCCGCGCCGGCAAUUAUUCUCCACGGGCUGCAUCUCUCCUCGUUAAUGCCGAGUGCUCAGAGAGCAAAUUGGACAUCCUCUUGCCACUUGGAAGGGUCAUUUAGUGAAAGGCAGGCUGGAAGGGGGAGCUGCUGGAUUCAUUUCUAUUGGGAGCAGAAAGGGGGACACCCUCCGGAGCUGGAUUUCAGAGCAAGGCAAUUUGAGUGAAAGCUUUAGACUCGGGGCACGAAUGGCACGUUUCCCCACGGCAGGUUUCCUUUGGAGACGCGCCGUGGCCGGUGCGUGCCUGCUCUGAAAGGCUCCGACAAAAGCCGGUCUGGCGGCAGCGUGCUGGGGCAGCGGCUGCGCCGGGAGAACACGGGAUGCUUUAUGGCACUGCGGUGCUUGGGCUGGUCCUAGGAGAAGCCCAGCUGGCACAGUUAGGACAGCUGAACAGCCCGCUGGAUUGUUUCCUCCUGCGCUGUUGCCGUUGGUGGGAACAGGAAGAUUUGUCUUCACUGUAAGUGUUCCCAGGAAGAGCACAUUGUAACAGUUAUGCCUCUGGAGAUGGAGAAGACCGUCACAAAGCUCAUGUUUGACUUCCAGAGGAAUUCGACUUCUGAUGACGACUCAGGCUGUGCCUUGGAAGAGUAUGCAUGGGUACCCCCCGGCCUGAAGCCUGAGCAGGUGCACCAGUACUACAGCUGCCUGCCCGAGGACAAGGUCCCCUACGUCAACAGCCCGGGAGAAAAAUCUCGCAUAAAGCAGCUUCUGCACCAGCUGCCACCACACGACAAUGAGGUCCGCUAUUGCAACUCGUUGGAUGAGGAGGAGAAGAGGGAGCUCAAACUCUUCAGCAACCAAAGAAAGAGAGAAAACUUAGGGAGAGGCAAUGUCCGGCCAUUCCCUGUAACCAUGACAGGAGCCAUCUGUGAGCAGUGCGGCGGCCAGAUCAAUGGAGGGGACAUGGCUGUCUUCGCCUCACGAGCAGGGCACGGCGUCUGCUGGCACCCUCCCUGCUUCAUCUGCAGUGUCUGCAACGAGCUGCUGGUUGACCUGAUCUACUUCUACCAAGAUGGGAAGAUCUACUGUGGCAGGCAUCACGCUGAGUGCCUCAAGCCCCGCUGCGCAGCAUGUGACGAGAUCAUUUUUGCUGAUGAAUGCACCGAGGCUGAAGGACGACACUGGCACAUGAAGCACUUCUGCUGCUUUGAGUGUGAGACAGUGCUGGGGGGUCAGAGGUACAUCAUGAAGGACGGCAGGCCCUACUGCUGCAGCUGCUUCGAGUCCCUCUACGCUGAAUACUGUGACACCUGCGCCCAGCACAUAGGCAUCGACCAGGGCCAGAUGACAUAUGAUGGCCAGCACUGGCACGCCACCGAGACCUGCUUCUGCUGCGCGCAGUGUAAGAAGUCCCUGCUGGGACGACCCUUCCUGCCCAAGCAGGGGCAGAUCUUCUGCUCCAGGGCCUGCAGCGUUGGCGAUGACCCCAACGGCUCCGACUCCUCCGACUCGGCUUUCCAGAGCGCGCGAGCCAAGGAGUCCCGCCGCAGCGCCAAGAUCGGCAAGAACAAGGGGAAAGGUGAGGAGGGGGCACGCAGCCCAUGCAACCAGCUGCAGGUCACUUCCAACCGCCUCUCCACCGACGUGGACCCACUGUCCCUGCAGAUGGAUUUGCUGAGCCUGGCCAGCCAGACACCAAGCCUCAACAGGGAGCACUUGUGGAGGAGCCGGGAUGAGCUCUAUCACUACGGGAACAAAAUGGAGCAAAGUCAAUCCCAAAGCCCUUUGCAGCUUCUCAGUCAGUGCAACAUAAGGACCUCCUAUAACCCCAGCCAGGUCCCGGGCUCGCAGUCGGAUUUAUGGGCAAAACAUUUCAGCAACCAAAAGAGGAGCUCCUCACUGGCGAUGAAGAGCCACAGCGGCAGCUUCAUCCAGGACUGCAGAGAGGACUACUACUCAGGGAGGCUUCGCUCACAGGAGAGCUACAGCGACAUGUCCAACCAGAGCUUCCCAGAGACCAGAGGAAAUCUCAAAGUCCCCAAGUAUGAAGAGGAAGAGGAAGGCGGGAUGCCAACGCCACAAUGCCGCACCCGUCACCCCAUCAACGCCCUGAAGUUUUCAGAGGACCUGACACCCACCGAGCAGACUCCCCGCGGCUCCAUGGAGUCCCUUGCACUCUCCAAUGCGACAGGCCUCUCAGCAGAUGGUGGAGCCAAGCGCCAGGAGCACCUCUCCAGGUUCUCGAUGCCUGACCUGAGCAAAGACUCGGGCAUGAACGUCUCGGAGAAGAUGAGCAACAUGGGCACGCUGAACUCCUCCAUGCAAUUCCGAAGCGCCGAGUCCGUCCGCAGCCUGCUGUCAGUGCAGCAGUACCAGGACAUGGAGCCGAACCUUCACGACCUCGCCAGCCCCAUCGGGUACCGAGAGCGAGCAGGGGGGAUGCAGGGGCGGAUGCACCAGAGCUUCGACUACGGCAGCGGGGUGCCCGGGGGCAAUCUGGGGGUGCAGGAGGUCUCGAGGCACGCCCCCAUGAGCGAGCGCACGCGCCGCCGAACUACCCUGCGGGAUGACGACCGCCACUACCGCCCACACCGGCCCCGGCGCUCCCGCCGCUCCCGCUCCGAUAACGCCUUGCACCUGGCCAGCGAGCAGUGCUACCGCCUGAAGGAGAGACCCUCACUGAGAGCCAGGGAAGACUACGACCAGUUCAUGCACCAGAGGAGCUGCAGAGAGACAAUGGAGCAGGGUCCCCGCAGGGACGUCUAUGGCCACUGUCCCCGGACAGUGUCGGAUCUCGCCCUGCAGAACCACUUGGGCGAGAGGUGGGGGCCCUACUUUGCCGAAUACGACUGGUGCUCAACCUGCUCCUCCUCCUCGGAGUCUGACAACGAGGGCUACUUCCUGGGGGAGCCGAUUCCCCAACCUGCCCGCCUGCGGUACGUGACCAGCGAGGAGCUCCUGCACAAGUAUGGCUCAUACAGCAUGCCCAAGUCUUCCACGCUGAGCAGCAGGGGACAGUUGCACAGCCGGAAAAGACAGAAGAGCAAAAACUGUAUCAUAUCCUAAUGGCAUCCUUGCCAGGCACCUUGGGAGAAUGUAAAUUAACUCACAAACUUGCACUGGUUUAGAUCAUGUAAGCGCUUUUAUUGUAAUGAAACAAAGACCCGAAGGGUAGGGAGUUGUAAGAAGGUUGUAGACUGGCUUCUAUAAAUAGUCAUAAUCCUGGGCACAGUGAAUAUAUUUUGCACAUCUAACUUUGGAGUAAAAAAGAACAAUGACAAACAAAAAGUUCACUUUAGCCUGUUGUACUAUUUACCCAGUAGUUUUCCCUCUUCCUCCCAGAUACUGCCUCCCUUUUGCGUUCUGUCUGUCUGUACGUUUUGGUUGCCACUGUUGACUCUCAGCCAUCAGUUUGUCGGUAGCUUUUGCUUGCCCUCACGUUUUUUGUUUUCCAUUAGCCAUGUUGGUAGGUCAUUUGUCUCUCAGACAGUGUAGGAGCCUAAGUUAUUUCCAUGGUUGUUGUAAAUGCAAUGUAAAUGAGAGUUUGGAGAAAAUAUUUUUGUAUUUUGUAAUAUCAGAGGAAUUUCUAUAUCUUAGGAGUCACUGGAAAAAAAAAAUGCAUGCACAUUCAGAACUGUUUUCAGCCAGAGCUAACCGAACAGUGCUUUUAAACACACACAC